AGUGCCUAUUCGCCUUUCCAGACAUCGUCAAUUAGUCCAGGCAGGGCCUCUUUCACCUCUGUCCGGGCCACGACCUGAUCCUUUCUUGUUCGCACGAUCACGAUCAACAAAUCACAUCUGUAUAGUCAAAGCCCCCCCUCCAUUCAAGGUCUGCAUUCCCCCUUCACCCAAUCACAUCCACCUGCUUCUUGCCAAUUCCACCUCCGCACGCAUUCGUCAAGAUGGGCAGCGAACCUUUCGUGCCUCCUCCCACGGAUCUCAUCACCUUGACCAGGCACGUGCUUGGAGAGGGCUUUCAAAGGGCAGAGAAGAGCGCUGCCAGCGGUGAUCUCACCAUCCUGCUCAGCAGCUUGCAGACCACCUGCAAAUUCAUCGAGAGCAUGGUCCGCAAGGCUAGCUUGAUCAACUUGAUCGGUUUGGCUGGAGAAACCAACUCUACUGGAGACGACCAAAAGAAGCUAGACGUGCUCUCCAACGAGAUCAUGAUCAAUGCCCUACGCGCAUCUGGCAAGACUGCGGUGCUCGUGUCCGAGGAGAAUGAUGAAGCAAUCUUUGUAGGCGAAAAGAAGGAGGGCAGUACGUUCGAAGAGACACGGGGCAAGUACUGCGUCGUCUUCGACCCUCUGGACGGAAGCAGCAACAUUGAUGCUGGUGUGAACAUUGGAACCAUUUUCGGAAUCUACCUCGUGCGCGAUGGUAGCAAGGGCACGUUGGAGGAUGUGCUGCGACCUGGAACCGAGAUGGUGGCUGCGGGCUACUGCAUGUACGGCUCUAGCGCCAACUUGGUUCUCACUACUGGGAAUGGCGUGAACGGUUACACGCUGGACAAUCAGAUUGGAGAGUUCAUCUUGACCCACCCCAACAUCCGUCUUCCAGACAGAGGAAAGAUUUACUCUAUCAACGAGGGCAACUCUGCAUACUACCACGAGCCGGUGCUCAAGUACCUGGACUCGAUCAAAUUCCCCAAAGGAGAGGGCAAGAAACCGUACUCUGCCAGAUACAUCGGAUCCAUGGUGGCAGAUGUGCACAGAACCUUGUUGUAUGGAGGCAUCUUCGGUUACCCCGACGACAAGAAGAGCAAGAACGGCAAGCUGAGAUUGUUGUACGAAGCCUUCCCAAUGGCGCUGCUCACCGAGCAAGCUGGAGGUGUUGCUACGACUGGCACAAAGCGUAUCCUCGAGAUCCAGCCCAAAACCAUCCACGAGCGUUGCGGUGUCUUCCUCGGCUCCAAAGAUGAUGUCAACGACUUGCUCAAGUUCUACCAGUAAUGCUCAACUACACGGGCUGACGAGACGCUCGCGGACCGAGUCGCCAAAAGACAUCCGUCCGAAAUACAUCAUGUGCAAAAGUUUUGAGAGGGGAAAUCGCAGGUGCCCAAAGUGGGCGCAUGCACGAGCAAAAACGACGAGGACCAUCGA